AACCAAUAACAUAUUUAGGUUAGAGUCAUUACGCAGUUGUACUUGUGUGUGAAAACUUAAACAAAUGAAAUCAAAUUGCCAUUGCUAUCCUAUCAAAGUAUUGCACGAAGUGCUGUGUAUAAUUUUGAAAAGUGGAUAGUUAUCUUAAUGUGUUUAAGUGUAAAGUGAAAUAUUUCUUUUAAAUCGAUUCACGGCAUUCUUAUAAAGUUAAAGUGUACGUCUAAGCGGCAAGUUAUAUUAAAAACAAACCGCAUUGUUAAACUGUUUAUCACCAUUGACGGAUGUCCUUGUAGAUUUUGCAAGAAGUGAAGUGGCGGCAAAUUUGACUUUUUAAAUGAUUUAUGAUUUUAUAAUGUAGUUGUCUUUGUGGUAAACAUACGUAAUGGGUAGCCCAGAAGAAAAUGUAAUCGCUUGUGAAAGCAACGUGGUGGACAAUGCUGACAAUGAAACAGCUGGUGAAAUAUCGGAGAACGAAAUCUGUGACUCUACUGAUACAUCAUUAAACGUUAGUGAGACUAAUGCACUUAACUCAUGUGACGCGAACACCUCCAAGGAAGGGGAUGCAUCUGGUGUGGGUAAUUCGAAAAAGACCAAGAAGAAAUUUCGGCAUGGCAAGAAGGGACACACUCCUGCUAAGGAUAACCCGGACAGGAGCGCCAUACGCCGAGUGAAUUAUAUUGGUACCAAGUUUAAACAAGGCAGAAAAAGAGCACAGAGCUUUCCAUCAAUUUCUAAGUUUUUCUUACCCCACAAGAGACCACGUAAGGAGGUUUUCAUUCCACCAACGAAGUUUUUACUUGGUGGAAACAUAUCAGAUCCUCUUAAUUUAAACAGUUUGCAAGAUGAAGAUAUAAAUAGAGCUAUGAAUGCAGUAACACCAGAAUCUUCACCUUUACCUACACCUCCUCGACAUAAGGCAAAGAUUGAUGUUAUUAUUCCUCCAAAUAUAAGGGACCCAUUGAACUUGAUGGAACCAUUGGACAAUGAGGAGUAUGAGAAGAGACUUGAGAUGCAGCAACGCAAGCCUCGCAAGAAGGCAAGGCUGAGGAGGCGCACAACAGACAAUACUUCUCCUACCACAGAAGAGCCUCCUGAGGUGGUGGUGGAAGGUCAAGGAGCUAUCAAGGAGCCUCCACCACCAGAACCCUCUACAUCAGCAUGCAAAUCACGGAAAAGGUCCUGUAGUGAUAGUGAUAAUGCAUCACAAAAAGGAAAAGAUCCCAAAAAGUUACGCCGGAUGGACUCAUUAGAUAAAAUAGUAAGUCCUGUAGUGCCUCAGCCGGGAGCAUGGAUGCGGGCGCGGCCGCAGCAGCGGACAGCGCCACCGGAGCGCCCUGCGUCCCCGCACCGCACUAAAGUCAAGAGCACCACUGAUGAAGAGCAAAAGUUGCCCACGUUUCACCCCAAAAAUUCAAGAUACCAGUAUGGAAAUUAUGACAGGUAUUAUGGCUACAGAAACUUAAAUGCCAUGAUGGACAUCAGAUUGCAAGUAUUCGAGAUGCACCGGCAUCUAUUUCAGAACAAAGAUGUGUUGGACAUUGGAUGCAACGUGGGACAUAUUUCAAUAGCAGUUGCCCGGACACUUGGGGCCCGGUCUGUGGUUGGCAUGGAUAUAGAUCCCAUGCUAAUAGGACAAGCUAGGAAGAAUCUGAAAUCGUUCAUUCCAGUUCCAACUGAACCAAAGCGGGAUGAUGAUAAAAAAGCUGAUUUAGAAGACGAUAAGAAAGGAGACUGCGAUAAGUGUAAGGAAGAUAAAUGCGAUGAUUGUAACAUCGAUCAAAAGCUCGAUAAACACGAAGAUUUGAAGAAAGUUUUGCCUCUAACGGGGAGGAAAUUACGGCGGCCUCGGAAGAACAGGAAGGCGGUUCACAAGCUGGAACAAGGCCAGUGCUUCUUCCCAAUGUCCAUGACCAUGUUGUAUGGACCUCUGGGUGACUCAACAACUGAGGUGACGCCGCCCGUCUUCCCCGGCAACGUCACGUUCAAGCAGGGCAACUAUGUCCCUCGCGAGGAGGUGGCGGUGGGAAGCGGCCCCGAAAGCCCUCAGUUCGAUCUGAUCCUGUGCCUGUCCACCACCAAGUGGAUGCAUUUAAACUGGGGCGAUGCGGGCCUGAAGCGUGCCUUUCGGCGAAUGUUCGCCGAUCUACGUCCCGGCGGGAAAUUGGUGCUAGAAGCUCAAAACUGGGCUAGCUAUAAGAAAAAGAAGCGUCUAACGCCGACAAUUUAUGAAAACUUCAAUUCGAUUGAACUGUUCCCGAACAAAUUUCGUGACUACUUGCUGUCGCCUGAAGUCGGAUUCAGCAAAUGCUGCAUAUUAGGUGUUCCGCAGCAUGCGAGCAAGGGUUUCCGGCGGCCGAUACAACUGUACGUGAAGGGCGACUUCACCCCGAGCAAGGCGUGCUGGUCGGACGCGUACGCGCCGUCGUCGCACCACCGGCCCGAGGCCGAGCAGCCGCGCCGCACCGUGUACGCGCCCGUGGCGCCUGCCUACCGGCCCAGCGACGACGCGCCCUCCUGCGGCGCCGCCACGCCUUAUUCGCCUAAUCUGGAUUGCUGCGCUGAUGAUUCUCCCUUCUACAAUCCGCGCAGUGACUCGUACGCUCCGUCGUACCAACCUCCGCGGCCUACCGUGUACGCGACGCUGCCGUCCCCGCUGGGCAGCGCGUCGCCGGCGGCGUCGCCAGCUGCCUCGCCCGCGCCGCACGCGUCGCCGGCACCGGACCCGAUGUCCGCGCGCGGCUUCCCGGAGCCUCGUCCCCAUGAUGAUUAGACGCCGCAGAGCGGUGCGAUUGUUUUAAGUUUAGAAGUGACCGGAACUUAUAAAUUGUGAUAUUAAUCACUAAAUUCGAGGUUAGGACUGUCUGAACUCUAAAGAGUAUAUAAAAAUUCAUGCACCAGCUCGGGACCUGGUUUGCACGAACUUAACCUGAGCACGCGAGCCUUUACUGACUGUUUUCACGAUAACAUGCAUAAUAAGUAACCGGUGUAAAAAGAGCGCCGGCAGGCACGGGAUAUUGCCGGCACUUGUUUCUAGAUUUGUAAUGUCCUCCCGCCUUUCAUAUUUCUAUGUAAAUAUCGAUUAGAACCCAUAGGAUUAUGUUUCGAUAGGCUGAAAGUAUUUUAUAAUAUUAUAACCGCACAUUAAUCUA